AUGUUUUCGUUUACACCUUCUAGUUGGAUCUUGUCUUCUGUUGGAGCAGCAAAUGGUGCGUCAACUGUCCGAAUCGGCGGUGGGGGUGGCUUCGGUGCCGGAAAUGCUUCCUCGGUUGUUAGUAGCAGCGGAACGGGCACUAUGGUAGGAACAACCGUGACUAUUGGUGGAUUGGCCCUCAAACGGCAACAGCAGCCGAUGCACAAGUCUAAUUCCCUCAACUCCUCCCAAUCUCUCUUUCUUACUCAUCAGCAAAGCACCAACCGUCAUAAAUCGAAAUCUUCUGCAAGUGAUGGCGGUGCUGCAAUCUUAAGCUCAAUUUCGCACCUCCAAAAACGGGAAGAAGAUAAAUUGGUGGCUGCAGCAGCAGCAGCACUUGAGCACAGUCUGUUUUCUGAAAAUAUCUCUUAUCAUCUUUUUUUGACAAUUAAAAAGUUCGCAUUCCGCGAUAUUGCCAAUCCCUUCUCUCCAGCUUUCCAUACGAGUCGCCGACGAUUAGUUUCCAGAUCAUACUCCACUUUGGGACUAACAGAUUUUGGUGGAGGCGGGGAGGAAGGGCGUCAAAGUCUGAACAGCCUUCUUAUUCUCCAUCGGGCAGCCUCCUCUUCUGCUGCGUCUACAAGCAACGCUGGAAAAAAUCAACAAAAUCUCUCCAUUGAAUCUCUCUCGCGGCUCUACGCUGCUGCCGCUGCCAUGGAACUGGAGAGAAGUCAAAAAGUUCUAGAUGGAGGUGGUUCUCGUCGGGGAACCACAUCUCGGCUCUCAUUGGCAAGUUCUUCCGGUGCUGAAUCCUAUAAUUCCUUCAAUCUUCUAGCUGAACAAGCGGGUGCCACAUGGCGUGAGCUCUGGCGCACUCGAAUGCUCCUUUUAGACGCCCUUCACUGGGCUCAGUCUGUCGCUGCUGAGAACUCUUUCCAUCAACAGAACCAGUCUGCGGAUCAACAGCAAUUGCUUGCAUCGAAAUCUGUCAUGAUGGCUUAUCUCAUGGCUCAACAGCAGCAACAACAACAGAAUGUACAACAGUCUUCGUCAGAAAAUUGCUGUCCAACUGGAGGAGCGGGAUGUGGAGGAACAAGUACGGGAACUGGAGGUGAUGGAACGCCCGAUUCUGUAAUGAUGGCCGCCCUCAUGGCCGCUACUGCCGCAGCGCAAGCCGCUAUGCAACACCAAAUUCAAAAUCCACCGUCACAGGCCUAUUCAAUGCCGCCAACGUCUGCACUUCCAUUCAAACAGGUCUCACAGCUUUCGGAUCCUUUGACUGCCUUUCCGACCCCUCCAAAUGCAUGCUGCCCAUCAGAACCGCUAAUUCAUCCAACUAAAUCUCCUUUUACCAGCGCAGUCUCCACGACACCCGGACGUAGUUUUCGUGGCACACGACACGAUGUUGUCUGUCAUCUUGACGCCUCUGCCAAUGCUGGCAUCGCUUCCCCCUCUCAGCCUUCCACACUCUACCAACAGCAUCCUCGAUCUCCUUGGAACUUCCAGAAUUUUCAAACUCUCCAACCGCCGCCGCCGCCGCCGGCACCACCGGGUGUUUGGUCUGAAUCCUCAAAUGACCUCAACCAAUUUGCCAUCUCUCUGGGAGCACCGCCUUAUACAUUUGUUCCUCCACCCACCGUUCAUAUGAUUGCUCAACCCCAUCAACUGCUUCCAACAAAUCCAGCGGAACAGCAAGGCGACGAAGAAGAAGGUUCCGAUGCUUUCGACUCAGAAGACGAAGUAAUGUCAACAAGUGAUGAAACGGUAGACGUCAUCAGUGCUCAGAGUCGUAAAUCCCAUCGAUCAGCCGAGGUCGCAAAAGUCGUUGACUCGAUAGCCGCUCAGGAUUACUGGGAGGAGGAAGACCCAUUCCCCACACCAGAGGGUCAACCAAGUUGUGUUUUAGCUCCUCCUGAUGGUGCUAUUCUUGACCCUGAUGCAGACGACGUCUCUUCUGUCAGUCAAAGUGCUAGUCAAGUCGUUGUCGCGACGGUUCAUGAAGAAGAGCAGACGAAGGGCGAGAAAAAAUCUUGA